AUGGGUUUUCCCGAUAAACCUUCUGCCCACCUCUUGGGCGCCAAUGGCCCGGUCCAUGCCCUUGCAUACUCCGCCUCUCCAGGCACCUACAUCCUCUCCGGCUCAGCGGACCGAGCCAUCCGCCUUUACAACCCAUUCCCCAGUACAUCAGCCCCGGGGGAAGAUCGCCACAGCGUCCCUCAGGGUCGUCUCAUCCAGACAUACUCGGCACAUGGUUAUGAAGUCUUGAGUCUUUCCGUUGCGGCUGAUAAUGAGCGCUUUGUGUCGGCUGGCGGUGACCGCAGCGUGUUCCUCUGGGAUGUGAGCACGGCUGUUACUACCAAGCGAUUCGGUGGUAAUGUUCAUGGUCAUUCCUCUCGGAUCAACUGUACGAGUUUUGCUGGUGAAGGCGAUUCCAUCAUUGUGAGUGGCGGAUUUGAUACCAGUGUUAGGUUGUGGGAUACAAAGAGCAGCAGUUUCAAGCCCAUACAAGUGUUUGAAGAGGCGAGCGAUGCAGUGACGUGUCUUGCAGUCCGAGGACCUGAAGUUCUCGCAGGAAGUGUCGAUGGUCGCGUCCGCAGCUAUGAUAUCCGUAUGGGAAAGGUCACCACUGAUGUUAUCGGCGCGCCUGUCACUAGUCUCAGUCUCACACGUGAUGGACGUGCUAUGCUAGUCGGCAGUCUGGACAACAAGCUGCGUCUCAUGGAUCGCGAUAACGGCUCUUGUCUAAGAGCAUACACCGACCCAGCAUGGAAGAACGAGGACGUUAAGUUGCAAGCACUGCUGGGCGGUAAAGAAAAGUACGUCAUGGUUGGUGAUGCCAUGGCUGGUGAAGCUGCACCUAACGGUCAAGGAAGGCUCUGGGCAUGGGACUUGUUGACAGGAAAAUUGGCGGCCAAGGUAACGGUUCCUUGGGGACCCCAGGGCUUUGAAACUAAGAAGAAAGCCGUCGGUCGCGAUGGAAAGGAGAAGCCGAGAAGUAACGUCGUCAGUUGUAUGGCGUGGAGGGAAGAUGGCUGGGGAGAUCAGUUUUGCGUAGGUGGAACAUCAGGCGUGGUGACGGUCUACGGAGCGUUGUAG